AUGAAUCCUCAUGUAUCUGUUUCAAUAAUAAAAAUUAAGAACACUCAUUGCAGCACAGACAGUGAACAUUUAAACAUGAUGCUGACACCACUAUGAACCAGUACGACGGAUUUGAUGACAACAUCACCUAGCUCAUCACUGUCACAGCCCGAUGGAGGAAGGACUCACUGUUCCAUAUGUGCAGGCAGGGUCACAGCGAAACAUUAUGGUGCAUCCAGCUGUGAUGGCUGCAAGGGCUUCUUUAGGAGGAGCAUUUGCAACAACCAGACUUACAAAUAUAGAUUCAACAGGCAGUGUACUGUGGACUAAGACAAAAAGAACCAGUGUCCACUCCAUUAAUGUUUCAAGACUGGAAUUAGUAAGGGAACUGUUCAGAAUGAGAGAGACUGCAUCAGCAGUCACAGAGCCAAGGGACAGACAGUGGGUGCUCUGUCCAUCGGCGUGCUUCUGUGGGCAGAGGCCAGUGUGCAACAGUUCCCAGCUCUGGUCUCACCUAGGAGUCAUGACAUCAACACCAAGAAGACAGCCUGCGUGGGAGACGUGUACCAGUCCAUGAAGCAGCAACUCCUCCUGCUGGUGGAAGGGGAAAAACACAUUCCAGAGUUGCGUACCCUCCCUAUGGAAGACAGGGUAGGUCUGUUACAAACCCAAUCUGCAGAACAUCUUUUCCUCGAGGCAGCAAGACGCUUUUUAUCUUAUUACAAUCUCAUUCUAGCAGGUAACGACUCUGUGAUCCCCCUGAGAAGUGCAGAAUUACAGGUGUCUAUAGUGGCUUUCAGAAUCCAGGAGGAGCUGGUCAACUUCACAGACAAAGAGUUUACUUUCCUCAGAACCAUUGUUGUCUUUGCCCCAGACUGUCUGGGUUCGGAGAGUUCUCAGGUUUUUCGACAUCUGCGUUUCCAGGCCCAUCUGCUGCUACAAGAGGCAACCUGUGAGCAGCAGGGGAGAUUUGGGGUGUUCCUGCCGAUCCUGCCUCCCCUGCAAAGUGUGGCCUGGCAGAUGGUGGAGACCCAAGUAGCACAGCUGCUGGGUGAAAGCAGAAGAGACAACCUGCUGCAGGAGGGAGGGAGCCAUAAACAGGACAGGGACUGCGUACAGACGGUAUCAGGUCUGUGA